GGCUAAAACCCCAACCCAAACACUCUCUUCUUCUUCUUCUUCUUCAUGCUUCUUUUCUUCUUGUGAAUAAUAAUAGCAGAAGAAUCGAAGAGGGGCUCAAAUGGUGACGAUGCCUCUCUCAAUGUCUCUAUCUCUUUCCCAUUCGCUUAAUCGUCCCUACAUUCAAAGGCCUUCUUCAUCGACUGCUCCGCUGCGAUUCCGAUACUCCUCCUCCGCCGCCGCUUUCACUCUCAGACCCAUUCUUUCUCACUCCCGUCCUUCUCGAUUCUCUACUAUCAUAGCUUCUUCUUCUUCUUCAGACAAGUUCGCAAGCAUUUUUUCAUCAAGUAGUAGUCAACAAACAUCUUCAGUUGGUGUUACGCCACAACCUGUGCCUCCCAGUCCCUCUUCUUCGCAAUUGGGAUCACCUCUUUUCUGGAUCGGAGUAGGUGUUGGUCUUUCAGCUCUAUUUUCAUGGGUGGCAGGGAACUUAAAGAAAUAUGCAAUGCAACAAGCUCUUAAGACUAUGAUGGGUCAAAUGGAUACACAAAAUAGUCCAUUCAGCAAUCCUGCAUUUUCUCCGGGUCCAGGCACACCUUUCCCAUUUCCAUCAGCUGCACCACCGCGACCUGCUAGCUCUCCUCCUCCAUCUUCUUCUCAAUCUUCAGUGACAGUUGAUGUGGCUGCAACAAAAGUAGAGGCUGCACCAGCCACUCGUAUCAAUGAAGAACCAGAAGAAAAGAAGGAAGCAAAGAAAAUUGCUUUUGUAGAUGUCUCUCCCGAAGAAACCACAGAAAAAAGUCCCUUUGAGAGUAGCAUAAAAGAUGCUGCCCAGACUAGUUCAUUUAAAGAUAGUCAAGAUCAAGUGGCUGGAGAAGUAUAUCAGAACGGAACUACCUCUAAUCAAGGUUUUGGACCUUUCGGUGCUUCCAAUGAGUCUCAAUCCACUCAAAAAGGAAAAACCAUUUCAGUAGAAGCUUUGGAAAAGAUGAUGGAAGAUCCUACCGUGCAAAAGAUGGUUUAUCCCUAUUUACCCGAGGAGAUGAGGAAUCCUACUACCUUCAAAUGGAUGUUACAAAAUCCACAAUAUCGCAGUCAACUUGAAGAAAUGCUCACUAAUAUGAGUGGAAACACCGAUUGGGACAACCGAGUGAUGGAUUCGUUGAAAAAUUUCGAUCUUAGUAGUCCGGAGGUCAAGCAGCAGUUUGACCAAAUUGGACUUACACCCGAGGAGGUUAUUUCAAAGAUCAUGGCAAAUCCUGAUGUUGCCAUGGCAUUUCAAAACCCUAGAGUUCAACAAGCCAUUAUGGAUUGUUCACAGAACCCAUUAAGCAUCGCAAAGUAUCAAAAUGACAAGGAGGUAAUGGACGUUUUUAACAAAAUAUCAGAACUCUUCCCGGGAGUGAGCGGCUCGCCGUGAUAUAGCUUAGAUUAUAUUCUUUUUUUUUCUUUGGGAGUAGAGAGCGGUUUUACAUUGGCAGAAGUUGAUGAAAAAGGGGGGCAAAAUGCUUUGAGAAAUAGGUUGAAGUUGUUUUAAGUUUGAAAAGUUGUAUUUAUACUUUCAAUGUGUAAUUUCAAGUUUUUGGAAAUUUGGUAUGUGGUUUGUGGUGGUAACUCCAAAUUUUGUGUGGCCAAUUGCCAUGUGAAUGUGAUGUGUUCCUAGGCCUAGCUAUUUAGUUCAAAUAUAUGGAUGUUAAUUCUC